AUGGAUGUUAAACAAACAGUAGCAGCCACACCUUCAGCCUCGCCCAUACCUAGGCAUGCACCGAACCCGAACUCGAGUUCGGAGUUCGGACCGAACGGUUCGGGGUUCGGGGUUCGGUGUAAGGGUUCGGGUUCGGGUUCGGGUUCGGGUUCGGGUUCGGGUUCGGGUUCGGGUUCGGGUUCGGGUUCGGGUUCGGGUUCGGGUUUGGGUUCGGGUUCGGGUUCGAGUUCGGGUUCGAGUUCGGGUUGA